GAAUCGAAAGUUAAAAUCAGCGUUGUCAUUAUCUGCUUUAACUUCAACAAUGGAUAAACCCGGGCUGGAAUUGUUAUAUGAACAUAUAACAAAUCAAAUUAAAGAGCCACAAGAUGCAUUAGUGUGUGUAUUACAUUGGCAUAUCAUCAGCAACGGCUUCAAAUGCACCGGAGUUGGGGAUACGCCAUCUAACAAACAGAAGAAAACAGAAAAACUUCCUGCUGGGUGGAACCAAUCCAGUGACGUGUACGUCUUGAAAUAUCAGUCGACGAAACAGGAGGAAAGUUUUACACUCAAAGCCAUCUUAGCUGAUGACACAUUGAUAGUGAACUUUAUGAGAGACCGGGAUGAGAAAGUGGCUAGCAUGCCCAUCAGAGUGGGAGACUAUGUAACUGAUAAUCUGAAAGACUUUGAUGAAGCCUUUAGGAAUCUUUCUGAGCUGACAAAAUGUUUCAAGAAAGAGAUUAUGAUCGAAUUCAGUGCCUCCGGCAGUUCAAAAGAAUCAAGAAAUCUCUCAGAUGAGAAAGCAACACGGUCACGGCCACCGUAUGGUGAAAGCUAUACACAAGGGCCUGAUAGACCUCGUGGUCACCAAUCAAACUGGCCUGACAGACAAGAGCCGUUUGUCUAUGGACGAGGUGACCUUGACCCUCUGGGAGGUGGAGCUGGUGGAAUGAUCAUGGAUCCCCGAGGGACCCAUGGAGCUCGGGGGCCCAGAUUCGGCAUAAGCCCCGGUGGUACCUACCCAGUACAGUUACCACCUGGUGCUGUCCCACCUGGAGCCAGAUUCGACCCAUUUAGUCCCGUGCCUGGUCCUGGAUCAAGACCUAACCCGGAUCACAUGAGGCCUCCAGGUUUUGAUGACAUGCAGAUGUGAGAGCUGGACAUUGUGCCAGGAAGCUACUCUACAUGAAGUGUUUACAGCAGUUACGAAACGUUUCGUACCCGAUUUAUUUUGUCCCCAAUUUGUUUUGUCCUAACCUACACACUAUCAUUCUAUAGCCUAGACGUUUCGUCCCCUGGUCAUUUAGGACAUGUUUUUUGUUGAAUUGUACAUGUAUAUUGUUUGGUCUAUCUUAGUUAGUUCUUCGCUUGGGAGAUUUUAACUUGGUUUCUUUUUUCAAGGUUCAAACAUGCUUACUGUGGGCAUGGAAAGAGUACUUUCUAAAAAUAAAACCCGUUAAAAAACUGUUCUAAAUAUGUUCUGGUCAUUUACACGCUGGUACACACUUUAUAAUUAAUUAUCUCUGCGACAUAGGUUGUUGCGUGACAAUAUUUGAUCAAUCCACAUAUUAUUUAAAUGACUGAGUAUGACUUAAUGUAGUGUAACUAAACAGUAAUAUACAACUCAAAUAAUUAUGUUUAUAAUAAUAUGUUUUAUUGAGAUUAACAGAUAU